AUGUCGAACACACCCGUUACUCCUUCUACUUUGAAAGAGCUUGUGACGUCUAAGCCUGAUCUCCCCGCAUGGAGUGCCAAAUAUCAAUGGGAUGGAACCGCUGCCUUUGUUCUACGAAAAUGGUCGGAUGUUGGUCGUAAUGAGGUUCUUCGAGUUUCAGCCUCCUACAAAGGUAGUAAGAUUGCAAUUGCUCCCAAUGAAUCAUCGAAAUUUAAGAAUUACCGAGAGGCUCAUAAUCAUGCUAUAUCCCCUCAUUCUCACCUUAGAAUGGGGACUUUUAGCUGUCAAUUGUGUCAAGCUGGUCAAAAUCGCAAAGAGUUGUGUUCUUUUGGCUGUGUAACCGUCCGGGGUACGACAGCUCGCUGUACUUUUGUCGAAAAGGCGGAAUACGUCUUGGAUCAGGCGAGUUUUGCGGGAAAUAUGCGAGAAGAGCUGGAUGAUCGUCGAUGGACUGCGGCUAACUUCGCCGUAUUGGUCUCAGUGGCUCGAGUGGAGGUUGGUGGUGGUGAAAGGAAGAUCGGUGAUGGUGAAAGGAGGUUCAUCGUGGUUGCUUGUUGUUAUCCUGUGGUAGUUACGUUUACUUCGGCCCACUUCUUCUUCUUUCCCAAGACUAAUCCUAAAUUGCACUAUCAUCGUCUAUCGAUUUCCAGUCUUUACCUUACCAAACAUAUCAAUUUGAAAUUUUUCAACAAAAUGUCUUCUCGUCCGGAGCUCAACGCCCAUAAAUUCUUUGCGGAUCGUUUCGCCGCUGUCCUCGCUCAGCAGGGGAACUCUCCCCGCCAUGUGUCGUCCAUGGGCUUUGGAGCCCUAGCCAUCACCGAUGGCUCGCCUUCUGCUGCUGCAGCUUUCGCUGCAGUUCCUUCUGCCACCGCGUCCCCUGUUGCGGUUACGACCCCUCUCUCCUCUGGCCAACAGGAGGUCAGACCUGCUCCUGUUGGCCUUCCGCACACGUCAGGCCGUACUGCCACUGUGGUAGAAAUCGAUGAUGAUGACGAUGAGGACAUGGAUGGUGUUCCUCGUGGUGAAGAGACGGGUGUGUUGGUUGAUGAUGGUGAGAAGGGUGGUGCAGAUGAGGAUGAUGAGAUGGGUGAGGUCGAUGAAGAUGAGGAAAUCCUCAGUGUUGAUCUCGGUGAUCCAGCGCUGUUUGAGGAUAGAGAAAUGUGGGUGUCAGAGUUGGAAAAGUUAAGCCCUGUUCGUGAUAAUGAAGGUUCUCCCGAAUUCCGCGUACGGCUCCAGACUUCCUUCGGGAAGAAACGGGUUGCGUAUCAGGAGAAGAUGGAUGCUCUGGCUGAAAUAAAAGCCGAGAAACGUCGCCGUUCCCCUUCCGCCCCCGACGAAGUAUCCCCUCCUUCGGCAAAACGGGUCAAAGCGACCCCUCGGUCCUGUACCGGACAGGAUGAAUUGUUUCCCUCCCCUUCCCACGAGCCAGGGAGUGCUCGCAAGGCGUCGUUGCGAGAACAGGAUAGGCUAUGGAAGUUGUUUAUCGAUGAAAGGGAGCGAUGGGAGGUCGCAAGUAUCGAUGAGUCGUGUGAUAGAUGUCGCCGUGAAAUUAUCACGUAUGGGAGAGCGAAGUGGCCGUGUCUACGACCGGUCAAACCUCAUAAUCGCGGGUCCCGUUGUGCUUCUUGCACUUCUGGCCCCUGCUCGUUCUGUCCCCCCAACACCGCUCGGGACAUUCCUCCUAGACCUUCUGCUCCCCUCGGUCUCCCCCACACUCCGUCCGCCGCUGUUCGCCGCCGUCUCCCCACAGCCCAAGACGGGGAAUAUCCUUCGCGCUCUCCUUCGGCGAACUUCUCCUCCCCUGGCCCCACCUCGCCGUCACCCGCCGUCCGUCGCCCACCUAACUCUCUCGUGGCCGGACCGUCUCGUCUCCCUGCCACUCCUUCGGCAGGUUCGUCCCGUCGCACUCCUCGUCGUGCUUCUUCCGCCGCUCUUCGGCCUUCUACUCCUGUGGCUGGCCCAUCUCGUCUCCCGGCUACUCCUUCUGCCGGUCCUUCUCGUCCCACCAGGAGCCGUCCUACUCCUGUCUCAACUCAAGAGGAUUUCUCUUCAAGUCUCCCUCCUGCCCUUGGGACCCGAAGCCGUCAACCAUCUGUCCCUCCUGCUUCUGGGCUCUCAACUCCUGCACCUCCUGUGAAAACUCCUCCGAAAUCUUCGAAAGGGAAAGGCAAGAAUAAGAAAGCUGUCCAGUUCGAACCGGCUGUGGUGGAAGACAAAAGUACUCAGCUACCAGAGGAAAGCCCUCCUUCCCUCGACCACCCCACUAUCGCUCUCGAUCCUCGGAUACCAGAGGAGGACAAACAACUAGCCACCUUCCGUUCCGUCAUUAUUGGCUUAACCACGCAAUUACAAGCCAAUACUCGUCGAAUGUUGUGUGAAGCUGGUCUCCGCGAUGAAUACUCUCUCUCGGACAAUGGCAACUCUUGUGAACUCCUCCGACAUAGGGCCAUUAGGGCGAACUGA